AUGCCAGAUAAAGAGAGCGCAGACGGUCAGACAGUUUCCAGUCGCGGUGAAUGGAGUAUACUGUCCAACAGCCUUUUUUUUCGUAAACCCGAUUUUUAGGCUUUGCCUUCAACAAGGUUCACAAGAUCAAAAAGAAAAUCUAUAAAAUGAGAAUUUUCAAGACUCCUAGAAAUAUUCAGUUGAGAAUCACCAUUUUUUUUUAUAACCAGACAGGGUAAUAUACUAUUCCCUUCUAACUAAUCCAGUCUUCCCAAAGAUGACUAAUAACCUCUUGGGAAAAAAAAGAGACGAUUUCUCAAACGAUCUAAUUUGAGGCAGAUGUUCGUGGCGUUUGCCACGCCACGAGCCACCCGUGUACUAUUUUUAAAGCUUGUUUUUUUUCCCGGGGCUCUUUAAAUAUUUAAUGUGCUGUGUUGUGUUGUUGUUUCAGAAGCUUGUUCAUACGUUCGCGUAAUUUUUCUCGGUUAUGAAAAAUCCAAAAUUUUAAAAAGUUGACAAAAAAAGCACGAACCUCCCUACCCCCCUUGGAAGUGCUCUUCCUGAACUUUUCAGUUCUAGCUUUUCUUGUUUGGAAUCUUGUGCAAUCGACUUUCAUUGAGUUAACUGUGUUUAAACGGCGGCAGGAGCUGUGGGUUAGGCAGAGAAGUUGUGAAUCUCGCUCGUAGAACAUCAGGUACAAGAGAGGUCGUAGGAAGAAGUACGGUGCCGGCUUUCCAAAGGCCGAUGGCAGAGAAUGAGUCUUUUCGCUGCAUGCAGCUCCCAAUUUCAUCUACCCCGGAGGGAUGAAAGGUUUGGUCGACCUCGGGGGGACUCGAACCUACGACCUUGCGGACGUUAGAAAUGAGUUAUGCCAGCUGAGCUAUGCCGCCCCUUUUAUAGUCUUUUUUAUACCUUUAAAAUUUUUUUUCCAAGUGUUUUGAAUAAGAAUUCAGUUUAGAAAAAAUGAAGAUUCGCUGAAUUUUCUCCGGAAAAUCUGACCUUUUUUCGUAAUAAUUUUUCUCAGGCGUCAUAACUUUCAUCAUAGUUCAAAAGAACUUGUUGAAAAAAAUCCAUUUUUUUCUUUUUUUAUUUUUUUUUGUAAAUAACCAAUUCCGCAUACAUCUUUUUUUACAGAUUUGAUGUCAAAACUCCACUUUUUCGCUUCUGUUUUUUUGCCGUUUUAACGUCGGUACAGGCCCAAACGCCCAAGUUCAACUGCGAGUCGGAACUGUGCGAAAUUUCCAAGAAUUGGACUCGACAAGGUGGCUUCUAACAUUUCUUGUGAUGACUUUGAAAAAAAAAAUUAAAAAUUCAACAUUUAUUACUAGUCUUUUGAUCUUUAAAAUGCUAAAUAAAAUUUCCUGGCGCGAUAAGCGAGAUAGCGUGUAAAAACGAGAGAUUUUUACAGUAAGCCAUGCCAAUUUUUUUUUAAAAAAUCACUUAUAACCAACCUGAUCAUAAGAGUAACUUCAAAAAACACGCUCUAACCAGUUUUUCGAGCUUCUCCCAACAACAAUAUUGUCUCUUUAUUUGAACGGACACUUUUCAAAGAUCUCUGUUGUAUAUUUUCGUGUGUUCCCACCGCUUUUCUUGUCUCCUUGUUUAAAAGUUUCUAUUUUCACACAGUAUUUGCCGAGUUAAAUAAGUCUUUUCUUGAGGUGUUAAAAAAAACAUAUUGCCGUCUGCGGAAGGAACAAGGCAAACAGUAGAGGUUUUCUGGAAAAGAAAGGAAAAUUAGGAAAUAAGAAGUGAGAGAUUGAUUUUUCUGUUUUUUUCUUUCUACAGGGGUUCUGAAAAAUUUCCAGAUUUUUUUUUGAACGUGGACCGAGAUAAUAGCCGCACUUAAGAACUCUAGAGUGGUCCCUAUGAAUACGAAAUUCAAGUGGGCCUUAUAGGGUUUUUGGGUCUGACUCCUCAACCUCUAAAGCUCAAGGGGUCCCUAUAGUGAUUGGGGAAAAAGGACCCCUAUAGGGGCGAAAACUGUUGCCUAUAGGGGUAAAACUCAGGUGGCCCUAAAAGUCUCUACAGAAAACAGGAAAGUGUUCCCUAGAAGGGACCCUCAAGGAGGCCCACCAGAUCCCAUAAGGUUGCCCCUAUAUGGACCACUCUGGAGCUCCUAAGCACGGCGUAUCGCAUAGAGGCAAAAUUAGAAAAUGUGUUCUAUAAAGAUACUUCUGAGCGAUUUCUUCAGAGUAGCCACUUAAGGAGAAAAGAAUAUGAUUCCUCAAUCAAUCGAUUGAAAUCUCGACUUACGAUUAUAUUGCAAAUUAAAUGGUCUAGGACCCAUUUGCUCAAAAUAAAAAUUUUAUGUUGAGCAUAAUAAAAGAGAACUCUCUUUUCUCAAAAUUAGUGUUGCUCUAGAAAAUUCUCAUCUGCCAACUUUGAUCUCCAAUUUCUGCUCUUCUGCUCCAUUGAGCACCCAAAAAAAAAAAUCUCUUUUGACGGUUCAUUCCUGUUUUGCCGAGGUACAGACUGAACCGAAGCAAAUAUUUGAAUCCCAACUUUUUGUUUACAACUUGUUCAGGACAUUGUGUACAAACAUUUACCUUUUUUAAAAGUCAAGAAAGUAAAAUCUCACCUAUUACUAAUGAUUAUAACUUGAGAAUGUGCUAUUACUUAUGAUUAUGAAUUGAGAAUGUGCUAUAGCCGAUUCACGGCUGGCUUGAGCCAUCGAAAAAAGGGUCCUGACACGAUAAUGCAAGAGAUAGUACCUGGCUUGUGGAGAGCCCAGACAGGACACUCCCUCUUAGCGUCACAAGCUAGCCGUGAAUCGGCUAUACAGUCAUUUUUUCCCGAUUUUAAGUGCAAUUUGGGCAGAUUGUCAAGGGUGAAGCGUUGCGUGUGCGACGCGGCUUUUGGCGGGAACUUUCAAUAGCGUUCAUGGAAAAAUGCAGAAAAAAAAUCAAACUUUUUAUUGUUUUUAUACUUUCAUACGUUCAAUUGAAUCUUUCAAAUCUUAUAAAAUAUUAAACUUUAUUGGAAAAUAGUCGAAAAAAGGAAAAAGGGACUCGAAUUCCCCGGCAAAAAGCCGCGUCGCGUACGCAACGCGUCACCAUUGCUAAUCUACCCAUCUCACUUUUCAAGUCCAAAAAGAAUGAUUAAAAAAAAGUCGAAAAAUUAUUAAAACCGAGAAAAAACUUAUCAGAGUCCUGUGAAUACGUAAAAUGCAACAGUGGAGCCUGCGAAGGCGGCGGCUACCUUCUAUGGUCACGUUACGUGAAAUGCUCAAUUUCCACUCCAGUCCGGGUACGUUUAAAAAUAGUACGCUAUAGUUCAAGUUUAAAGAAACGAGGGAAAAAAGCGCAAUUUCUCACGGCUCAGUUAUGUGUUGUUGGAGUCCGCGGAACGUCAAAAGCCGCAAAAUUUAUGGGUCCAUGGCUAUUAGCCUGUGAGGGUGGAAGCAAUAAAAUAAAAAUUGAGGAGCAUGAGGAAGGCUGGAGCUUCAAUUUUUUUGGAAAAGUGACUGGCUAUUCGAAAUCAAAAAAUAGCUCUAUCAACAACACAAAAAAAUCAAAAAAAGGAAAAAAAAAUCGUAAAAAAUUCUUCCCGAUCUCACGAUUCAUAAUGCUUGCUGUAUAUUAAAAAUAAAAUAAAACCAUUUUUUUUCGAUUUCUGUUCAAUUACAGGUGAUUCUGAUAAUACUAGCCGUUUUCUGGAUGUUAAUACUGUUCUUGACGAUAAGUUUCGUGGCCGACGAUUUUUUCUCGCCUGCCGUUGACGGAAUCGUCAGCCAUCUUCGCAUUAGUGACACAGUCGCUGUGGGUUUGAAAUUCAUUUUUGGAACUAGUGGGAAAAUUUUUAGUGGCCCUUAGAGGGUUCUGACGUUUCGCCACUAUAGUGGUCAAAUUAGUGGCCACUUAAGGUAUUAAAAAUUAGUGGCGACUAUAGAGGUCCAAGUGUUACUAUGAACGAGAUACUGAAUGAAAAACUACUGAAGUGGCCACUAAAACGGAAAAUAGUGGCUACUCUAGAGGUGGGUUUCGUGUCCUCUCCAAGUCUCUAUAGGGGCCACAAAAAUUUUCCCAGUAUGCCAGAAAAAGAAAGGAAGCCUUCUACAUUCCGAAAGUUGCUCAACAAUAUUUCCAGGGAGUAACGUUAAUGGCGUUCGGCAACGGCGCUCCAGACGUUUUCGGGUCGAUCGCCUCAGUUCUAAACAGCCCACAGCCAAAAGCCGAUUUGGCCUUGGGGCAACUUUUCGGUAAACUAUUCAGCUUUCCAUAUUCGAUUUUCUUUGCAGGCGGUGGCCUCUGUAUUAUAUCCAUUGUGCUAGCUUCAAUAAUAAUUACCAAGCCGUUUAAAUCAGCGGUAAGUUAAUCGAUAAUUUGGAUUUUUAAAAUAUUCUUGAUAUUGUUAAGCAAUCAAUCUGUGAGUAAGGUCCAAAGCUCUCAGAAAAAAUUACCAAACCAAGUAAAUAUGCAAUCAAUUCAAACUUAAAUUCAAUUCCAAGGUAUUCGGCCCGAUCCGGGACGUUCUAUUCUACCUUAUCGCCCUCGGAUUUUCACUCUUUUGCUUUCUUUACACCGACAGAAUGCCUCUUUGGAUGCCUCUUGGUGACUUCCUUCUAGAGUAAAAGGAAAAAUGAAAAGUUCAGGUUUCCUUGUAAUCUAUUUUCUGUACGUUCUGACUGUUAUCGUGCUCCAAGUGCUCAUUAUCAAUCGAUACAAGAGGAAAAAAGCUCGGAAGGCAUUGAAAACGGCCAGCGACACAGUGGUUGCAAUUGCCAUUGAUCAGAGUAUUUUUUGA